AUGUCAGCGUAUGUAACAAAAACAUCCUGGGCUGAUGAAAUCGACGAACUAGAGGCACCAAUACAGAAAAUAUCCGACUCCGUCGAUGAGAAUGGCAUCCGAACAACUGUAGAGUAUGUUUUGAAUGAUGAGGGGAAGAAAGUGAAGAUCACCCGACGAAUCAAACGGACCCUUCAGAAAGCUACUGUCGAUCCUAAAAUUGCACAGCGUCAAAAAUGGGCGAAAUUCGGCCAAGAACGGGGAAAUAAGCCUGGUCCUGAUCGUGCAACGACGACAGUAGGAGAAAAUGUGGGAUUGAAGUUGAGCGUUGGGAACAAGUCGUCUGAUGCUGAGCCCACGCAAGAAGAGAGCAUGAAGAGCAAACUCGCUAAAUCCGGCGCUGGCAAAGUCAACUGUAGGAUUUGUAAGGGUGACCAUUUCACCGCGAAAUGUCCCUACAAGGAUACUUUGGGUGCCCUUGAUAACCCUGACACCGGUGCAGGACCCGAUGAUGGUCUAACCAGCGACGCCACCCCUUCUGCACCCGCCACAACGGGAGGCAAGUACGUACCACCUUCAAUGCGUGCUGGGGCCAGCAGGCCUGGUGAAUCCAUGCGCGGCCUUUCUUCCGGUGGGAACAGAGACGACUACCCCACGUUGCGCGUCACGAAUGUCAGCGAGGAUACGCAAGAGAACGACCUCCGAGAGCUCUUCCAGGUCUUUGGCAGAAUCAUGCGUGUAUAUGUUGGCAGAGACCGUGAAACUGGUGCUGGCAAAGGCUUCGCCUUCGUCAGCUUUGAUGAAAGGGCCCAUGCGCAGAGGGCAAUGGAAAAGAUGAAUGGGUUCGGUUACGAUAACCUUAUUCUGAGUGUACAGUGGAGCCAACCACGUCCCGAGCAGAGAUAG